CACCGGGAGCCGCCCCAUGGCGCAGGUCGGGAGCGCUGGGCGGGGGACGCGGGUCCGAGGGGGCGCGCCGCGGCGCUGGCUCCUGCUGCUGUGCUUGCUGACGGCGACUCUGGGCUGGCCGCGGGCCUCGGGCGGCCUCUCCCGGCGCCGCUGGCCGGUGCCCUACAAACGCUUUUCCUUCCGUCCAGAGGCAGAUCCCUAUUGUCAAGCCAAGUACACUUUCUGUCCAACUGGCUCGACCAUCCCAGUGAUGAAGGAUGAUGAUGUCAUUGAAGUCUUUCGUCUGCAAGCUCCAGUGUGGGAAUUUAAAUACGGAGACCUCCUGGGACACUUGAAAAUUAUGCACGACGCCAUUGGAUUCAGGAGUACGCUGACUGGCAAGAACUACACAAUGGAGUGGUAUGAACUUUUCCAGCUCGGCAACUGCACAUUUCCCCAUCUGCGACCUGAAACCAGUGCCCCUUUCUGGUGUAAUCAAGGGGCUGCCUGCUUUUUCGAAGGAAUCGACGAUCUCCACUGGAAGGAAAAUGGGACGUUAGUUCUAGUGGCGGCCAUAUCGGGAGACACAUUUAACAAAAUGGCAAAGUGGGUGAAAGAGGACAAUGAAACGGGGAUUUAUUAUGAGACAUGGACCGUCCGAGCCAGCCCAGAAAAGGGGGCAGAGACAUGGUUUGACUCCUAUGACUGUUCCAAAUUUGUGUUAAGGACAUACGAGAAGUUGGCUGAACUUGGAGCAGAAUUCAAGAGAAUAGAAACCAACUACACGAGAAUAUUUCUUUACAGUACAGAACCCACUUAUUUGGGAAAUGAAACAUCUAUUUUUGGGCCAACAGGAAACAAGACUCUGGCUUUAGCCAUAAAAAAAUUUUAUUAUCCCUUCCAACCACAUUUAUCAACCAAAGAAUUUCUGUGGAGUCUCCUGAAAAUUUUUGAUUCCGUGAUUAUGCACAGACAGUUCUAUUUGUUUUAUAAUUUUGAAUACUGGUUUUUACCCAUGAAGUUUCCUUUUAUUAAAAUAACAUAUGAAGAAAUCCCUUUACCUGACAGAAACAGAACACUGCCUGCUUUAUGAAACCCAAAUUCUGGGGCCACUGCCUGCAGUGCCAGCAUCCCACACGGGUGCCGGUUUGAGUCCUGGCUGCUCCACUUCUGAUCCAGCUCCCUACCAAUGCACCUGGGAAAGCAGGGGAAGGUGGCCCAAGGCCUUGGGCCUCUGCACCCACAUGGGAGACCCAGAAGCAGCUGCUGGUUCCUGACUUCAGAACAGCCCAACUCCAGCCAUUGCAGCCGUUUGGGGAGUGAACCAGUAGAUGAAAGAUCUCUCAUUGUCUCUUUGUAAUUCUGCCUUUCAAAUAAAUAUAUCUUUUCUUUAAAAAAA